GAGGGCAUUUAGGUAAUAGAGUUCAGUUGUUAAUGCUAUGGAAAACGACGGUAAUUUCGCAACCCAGGUCUAGCAAAGGGAUGGAGUUCCCUGUGGACGGCCUGGUCAGCGUGAGCCAGGAGAUCCUGGAGAGGUCAGCCCAGGACUACAUGAACAGCCUUCUCCACAGCCCCCUUGACUCACCCCAACACCUCACCCUCGCAAACAACACACAGGUGCCCAUUGGUCUUUCCAAUGUGGGUUUCGUUCCUCUAUAUGGAGACAACAUGAGACAGAAAGUCCUCGCCCUGUUCUCCCAACAGGACCAGUUUACAGCGGUGGGGCUGUACCUGUUGGAUCAAUGGUGGUCACUGGAGAAUAUCUUAAAAACAACAAACUCUGCCAAAGAUGGAGCUGUGAAGGUGGAGACCAUAGGGGAGCGGAUAGCUCUGUACGUUUUGAACCGUGUGGUGUACAGAGUCAAGGAGAUCAGUUCAGGCGAACUGCCUUUCCUGUGCCACGGAGAGAACGACUACGCCAAGAUCCUUUGGAAAGACGGACAGGCUGUCGGCUUCUACUCAGUCAAACCUUCAGGCAGCUUGUGCAGUUCCUUCUUAACCCAAUGCUAUCACAUUCCUGUCAUGGAUUCCAUAUUUGUCAGGAAGUGUCACCGUGGCAACGGUCUGGGUCUCCAGAUGCUGGAGAACUUCGUUGACAGUUUCAAAGAGGAAUACCUUGGGUUGAGAUACCCCCUUUCACAAGCUAUGUACAAAGUGUGUGGGAAGUAUCUGAGCCUGUACCCAGCCCACAGAGACCUACUGUGGGAAGUGGAGAGUGUUGGAGGACCCAGCCAGAGGACCAACAUAGCCAACAAGAUCCAAGCCAUGGCCAUGAGCACCUUAUCCAAGAACCUGUCUUUUACGGAGCACUCUGUAGUGAACCGUGACGUGGUUGAAAACGAGGUGAUUAUGGAGGAAGUGACUUCACACUUACAGGAACAGGAAGCCAUGGAGUACACCGUUGAAAUUGUGCCCUGCCCCCUGUCACUCAAGGAGAGAACAGUUGCUCAACCAUGGAGUCACAAGCACCUCCUUGCAGUUCACUCUGCAGCGCAGUCAGAGGAAGUUACACUGGUCAGGGUGCCAAAAGAGAAUGAAGAAAUGCCGGUUACAACCAGAGCAAGGAGCAGCGGCCUCAAACGCAAGAAGAUCUUAGAGGAAAGCAAAUCAGAGAAAGUCCUCAGGAUUGAGGAUAUUGAAGCAGAGGGGGAGACUCCCAAAGAGAAGCAAGUGGCAGAGCAUCAGCAAGAGAAUGAAGACGUUGGUGCUGAAUCUGACAAAGCGGAGUUGGCUGAGGAUGUCAUUGACACGGCCAUGGGGGGCACAGCAGUAGAGCCUGAGCUUGGAGAGGAGAUGGGAGAGACUGUUACAACACGGACACUUCAGAUUCAGAAAGACACUGUGUUGCUGGUGGACCUGAAAGAAACCUUGCAACCACAAGUGGAGGUAGAAAAUGUGGCCUCAGAGAUAGAGGAGGUGGAGGAGGAGGAGGCUCCAGAGGAGGUGGCAGAAACCGAUGAAGAAACAGCCAAAGAAUCCUCUCAGGAGGAAAAGAAAAGAAGCCUCACAAAACCUGUUGAGGCUGAGGAGGAGACAGUGAAAGAAGAGCAGCCAGCAGUUGAGAAACCUGCUGAGGUCAAGGAGAAGAUCUCACCACCUGAAAAGAAAGUGGUAGCUCCAGUGGUAGAAACAAGAGUCCUUCGGCGAGGAAUAAAAAGUGUACCAGCUACCCCGACUCCAAAACGCAAGUACACAAGAAGAGUCAAACAACCUGUGGAAGAGGAGAAUGAGGAAGAGUUGGCUGAGGGAGUAGAGGCAGCUGUAGUGGAAGCCAAAGUUCUGAGAACAGGAAGGAGAUCUGCCCCUCCUCCUGCCCCUGCCACAUCUAGACGCAAAUCCACCCCAACUGUUGUUGAAGUGGAAGAGGCAGAAAAACCAGAUGAAACGACAGAGGAGGAAGUAGACGACGAAGUCCAGGAAAAAGCUGUUGAGGAAGAGAAGGCUACAACGAUAACAACAAGCCAAGAGGAAGAGAAGGCUACAACAACAACAACAACAAGCGAAGAGGAAGAGAAGGCUACAACAACAACAAGCGAAGAGGAAGAGAAGGCUACAACAACAACAACAAGCCAAGAGGAAGAGGAAGUGGAAAGCUUUGAGGAGGUUGUGGAAGUUCCUCCAGUUGUGGAAACUAGAGCUAAGAGGAGCAGGACAAAAACAGUCACAGCAGCCACACCCAAACGAAAGUCCUUACGAAGCAAGUCCUCUGUGGAUUAUAAGGAACAAGAUGCAGAGGAGGAAGAAACAGGAAAUGAACCCACAGUGGAAGAAGGGGAGGAUAAUGUAGUGGCAGAAGAGGUGAGCGUAGUAGAGGAGGAAGACAAAGAGGAAGAAGAAGGGUUCCCGGUGGCUGAGGUUGCUGUUGUUGAGGAGACGGAGAAGCAGCCUAAGGAACACAAAUCAGAGAAAGUCAUCAGGAUUGAGGAUAUUGAAACCGAGGUGGAGACUCCCAAAGAGAAGCCAGUGGCAGAGCAUCAUCAAGAGAAUAAAGACGUUGUUGCUGAAUCUGACAAAGAGGAGUUAGCUGAGGAUGUUGUUCACACAGCCACAGAGGACACAGCAGUAGAGCCUGAGGUUAGAGAGGAGAUUGGAGAGACUGUUACAACACAGACACUCAAGCUUCAGGAGGCCAUUGUGGUACUAGUGGACCUGAAGAAAACCUUGCAACCACAAGUGGAGGUAGAGGUGGAAGAAGAGGCUCCAGAGAAGGUGUCAGGAACCGAUGAAGAUGAAAAAGAAACAGCCAAAGAACCCUCUAAGGAGGAAAAGAAAAGAAGAGGACGACCAAGAUCCACUCAUCUCAGAACACCUGUUGAGGCUGAGGAGGAGACAGUGAAAGAUGAGCAGCCAGCGGUUGAGAAACCUGCUGAGGGAAAGGAGAAGAUCUCACCACCUGACGAGGAAGAUGCAGGUCCAGUGGUAGAAACAAGAGUCCUGAGGAGAGGAAGAAUAAGUGUUCCAGCUACCCCGACUCCAAAACGCAAGUCCACACGAAGAGACAGACAGCAUGAGGAGGAAGAGAAAGAGCCAGCUGUGGAAGAAAAGGCUCCAGUGGUAGAAACAAGAGUCCUCAGGAGAGGAAGAAUAAGUGUUCCAGCUACACUGACACUGACACGCAAGUCCACACAAAGAGGCAAACAACCCAAAGAAGAGAAGGAGGGGGAGGGAGAGCCAGCUGAGCAAGAAGAAGAUGCACCGGUAGUGGAAACCAUAGUUCCGAAGAGAGAGAGAGGCAGAUUUUCUGCUCUUGCUCAUCCCAGACAUAAAUCCACACAAGGCUGCAAAGAACCUGAGGAAGAGGAGGAGAAGGAAGGGGAGUUGGCUAAACCUGUUCAGGAAGCUUUGGAAGAAAAGGUAGAGAAAGCAGUGGAUGAAGCAGCAGCUGCAACAUUGAAGAGUGUGGGGGAGGAGAAGGGGGCAGAGGAAGCAAUAACAGAGGAAGAGGAAAAGGUGGAGGAAGAAAAGGAAACGGAAACUGAAGCUGCAGCUGAAACUGUACCAGUGGAAGAGGAGAGUGUUGCAGAAGAAAAGGUGGUGGAGGGAGAAACAAUUCAGGAAGAGGAAAAGGUAGAGGAAGAAAAGGAGAUUGCAGAAACUAUUACAACACAGACACUCAAGCUUCAGAAAGCCACUGCAGUGCUGGUGGACUUGAAAAAAACUGUGGCCUCAGAGAUAGAGGAGGAAAACGAGGCUCCAAAGGAGGUGUCAGGAACCGAUGAAGACAGAGAAGAAACAGCCAAAGAUCCCUCUGACGAGGAAAAGAAAAGAAGAGGAUGCCCAAGAUCCACUCAUCUCACAAAACCUGUAGAGGCUGAGGAGGAGACGGUGAACGAGGAGCAGAAGGCUACAACAACAACAACAACAAGCCAAGAGGAAGAGGAAGCAGAAAGCCUUGAGGAGGUUGUGGAAGUUCCUCCAGUUGUGGAAACUAGAGCUAAGAGGAGCAGGACAAAAACAGUCACAGCAGCCACACCCAAACGAAAGUCCUUACGAAGCAAGUCCUCUGUGGAUUAUAAGGAACAAGAUGCAGAGGAGGAAGAAACAGGAAAUGAACCCACAGUGGAAGAAGGGGAGGAUAAUGUAGAGGCAGAAGAGGCGAGUGUAGUAGAGGAGGAGGAAAAAGAGGAAGGGUUCCCGGUGGCUGAGGUUGCUGUUGUUGAGGAGACGGAGAAGCAGCCUGAGGAACACAAAUCAGAGAAAGUCAUCAGGAUCGAGGGGGAGACUCCUAAAGAGAAGGCAGAGCAUCAGCAACAGAAUAAAGAAGAAGAAGAUGCUUCUGCUGCUGCUGAAUCCGACAAAGAGGAGUUAGCUGAGGAUGUUGUUCACACAGCCACAGAGGACACAGCAGUAGAGCCUGAGCUUGGAGUGGAGAUUGGAGAGACUGUUGCAAAACAGACACUCAAGCUUCAGAAAGACACUGUGUUGCUGGUGGACCUGAAGAAAACCUUGCAACCACAAGUGGAGGUAGAAAAUGUGGCCUCAGAGAUAGAGGAGGUGGAGGAGGAGGCUCCAAAGGAGGUGGCAGGAACCAAUGAAGACAAAGGAGAGAACAACGAAGAAACAGGCAGACCAAGAUCCACUCGUAUCACAAAACCUGUUGAGGCUGAGGAGACAGUGGAAGAGGAGCAGCCAACAGUUGAGGAACCUGCUGUGGAAGUGGAGAUCUCGCCACCUGAGGAUGAAGAGGAGGCUCCGGUUAUAGAACCCAGAGUCCUGAGUAGAGGAAGAAAAAGUGUUCCAUUUACCCCGACUCCAAAACGCAAGUCCAAAAGAAGAGGCAAACAGCAUGAGGAAGAGGAGAAUGUGGAGGAGCCAGAAGAAGAAGAGGCACCAGUAGUGGAAGCCAGAGUUCUGAGGAGAGGAAGGAAAUCGGCUUCUGCUCCUGCCACACCUAGACGCAAAUCCACACAUGCCACUAAAGAACCUAAAGAGGAGGAGGUGGCUGAAUCUGUUCGGGAAGCUGUGGAAGAUAAGGAGAAAGUAAAACCAGUGCAGGAGGAGAGGGCAGAGGAGAAAGCCACACUGAUGGAUAAAGAGGACAUGGUGGAAGAAGCUGCAACAGUGGAGAGUGUGGAGGAAGCUGCAACAGUGGAGAGUGUGGAGGAAGCUGCAACAGUGGAGAGUGUGGAGGAAGCUGCAACAGUGGAGAGUGUGGAGGAAGCCGCAACAGUGGAGAGUGUGGAGGAAGAAAGGGUAGCAACAGAAGCCAUAACUGAGGAAAAUGGAAAGGUAGAGGAAGCUGAAGCUCCACCUGAAACUGCAACAGUGGAGGAGGAGAGUGUCGCAAAAGAAAAUGUGGAUGAAGAAGCAACAACUGAGGAAGAGCAGGAAGCGGAGAGAGUGGAAGAAGAAAAUAUUGAGGAAGCUGCAGCAGAAACUAUUAGUGUGGAACAAAAUGUGGAGGACGAAGCAACAACCACAGUUGAAGAAAAGGAAGAGGAAGAAGUGAAGAAAAAGGAAACAGUUAUUGAACUAGCUGUAGAAAAACUAGCUGAAGAAGUUGCUGGGAUAGAAGAGGUAGAUAAAGUGGAGGAGAAAGAGGGAGCAAAGCCAGUUGAGGAAGAGAAGAAGACUUCACUCGAGGAAGAGCAAGCUCCAGUAGAGGAGGAAGAGGAUGCUCCAGUUGUAGAAACAAGAGUUUUGAGGAGAGGAAGAAAAAGUAUUCCAGCAACUCCGACUGCAAAGCGCAAGUACACAAGAAGAGACAAACAAGCGGAGGAGAAAGACCCAGCUGUGGAAGAAAAGGAACCAGUAGUGGAAGCCAGAGUUCUGAGGAGAGGAGGCAGAGGAAGAUGGUCUGCUCCUGCCCCUGCCACACACGGACGCAAGUCCACAAGAGCCUGCCAACAAACUGAGGAAGAGGAGGAUGUGGAGGCAACUGUUGAACCUGCACCAGAAGCGAUGGAGGAAGAGAAGAAAGUGGAGAUAGUGGAAGAGGCGAAUGUUGCAGAAGAAAAGGUGGAAGCAGUGGAGGGAGAAGGAACAACUCUGGAAGAGGAAAAGGUGGAGGAAGAGAAGGAAACGGAGAUGGUGGAAGAAGAUGUUGAGGAAGCUGCAGCAGAAACUGCACCAGUGAAUGAAAAUGAGGAAGCAACAACUGAGGAAAAGGAAAAUGUUGAGGAAGACAAGAUAGAGGUUGAAGCAGAAAAGGAAACAAUUGUUGAAAUGGCUGUAGAGAAACUAGCAGAGGUAGUUGAAAAGGCAGAACACGUGGAGGAGGUAACAGCAGUGGAAAGUGUUGCGGAUGAAGUGGUAUUAAAGCCUGUUGAGGAACCUGCUGAGGAAGGGAAGACCUCACUACCUGAGGAUGGAGAAGAGACACCAGUUGUAGAAACAAGAGUCCUGAGGAGAGGAAGAAAAAGCAUUCCAGUAACGCCUCCAAAACGCAAGUCCACACGAAGAGGCAAACAACCUGAAGAAGAGAAAGAUGCGGAGGAAGAGCCAGCUGAGGAGGAAGAUGCACCAGUAGUGGAAACCAUAGUUCUGAAGAGCGAUAAUGGAGGCAGAUUUUCUGCUCUUGCCCCUCCUUCUGCCACGCCCACAUGCAAAUCCACACACGCCUGCAUAAAACCUGAGGAAGAGGAGAAGGAGGAAGAAGAGUUGGAGGUAGAAAAGGAAGAGGAGGAAAAGAUGGAGGCGGUGGCUGAACCUAUUCAGGAAGCUUUGGAAGUAGUGGAUGAAGCAGCAGCUGCAACAGUGGAGAGUGUGGGGGAAGAAAGGGGGGCAGAGGAACUAAGAACUGAGGAGGCGGGAAAGGUGGAGGAAGAGAAGGAAGCGGAAACUGAAGCUGCAGCUGAAACUGUACCAGUGGAAGAGGAGAGUGUUGCAGAAGAAAAGGUGGUGGAGGGAGAAACAAUUCAGGAAGAGGAAAAGGUAGAGGAAGAAAAGGAGAUUGCAGAAACUAUUACAACACAGACACUCAAGCUUCAGAAAGCCACUGUGGUGCUGGUGGACUUGAAACAAAUCUUGCAACCACAAGUGGGGAUUGAACAUGUGGCCUCAGAGAUAGAGGAGGUGAAGGAGGAGGCUCCAAAGGAUGUGGCAGGAACUGAUGAAGACGAAGUUGAGGAACCUGCUGUGGAAGUGGAGAUCUCGCCACCUAAGGAUGAAGAGGAGGCUCCAGUUGUAGAACCCAGAGUCCUGAGUAGAGGAAGAAAAAGUGUUCCAUUUACCCCGACUCCAAAACGCAAGUCCAAAAGAAGAGGCAAACAGCAUGAGGAAGAAGAGAAUGUGGAGGAGCCAGAGGAAAAAGAGGCAGCUGAGGAAGAUGAAGAACAGGCUCCCGUAGUGGAAGCCAGAGUUCUGAGGAGAGGAAGGAAAUCUGCUUCUGCCACACCUAGACGCAAAUCCACACAUGCCACUAAAGAACCUGAAGAGGAGGAGUUGGCUGAAUCUGUUCGGGAAGCUGUGGAUAAAAAAGAGGAAGUGAAAUCAGUGGAGGAGGUAAGGGCAGAGGAGAAAGCCACACUAAUGGAUGAAGAGGACAUGGCGGAGGAAGCUGCAACAGUGGAGAGUGUGGAGGAAGAAAGGGUGGCAGUGGAAGCCAUAACUGAGGAAGACGGAAAGGUAGAGGAAGAGAAGGAAGAGGAAGCUGAAGUUGCAAAAGUGGAGGAGGAGAGUGUUGCAGAAGUAAAUGUGGAUGAAGAAGCAACAACUGAAGAAGAGGAAAAAGUGGAGGAAGAGAAGGAAGCAGAGAGAGUGGAACAAGAAAAUAUUGAGGAAGCUGCAGCUGAAACUAUUGGUGUGGAAGAAAAGAUGGAGGAGGAGGCAGCAGCCACAGAGGAGAAAAAGGAAGAGGGAAAAGUGGAAGAGAAGAAAGAGGAAACACUUAUUGAACUACUUGUAGAACAACUAUCUGAGGAAGUUUCUGUGAUAGAGGCAGAAAAAGUGGAGGAGAAAGAUGAAGCAAAGCCAGUUGAGGAGGAAGAGCAAGCUCCAUUAGAGGAGGAAGAGGAUGCUCCAGUUGUAGAAACAAGAGUUUUGAGGAGAGGAAGAAAAAGUAUUCCAGCUACUCCGACUCCAAAGCGCAAGUCCACAAGAAGAGACAAGCAAGCGGAGGAGAAAGACCCAGCUGUGGAAGAAAAGGAACCAGUAGUGGAAACCAGAGCUCUGAGGAGAGGAGGCAGAGGAAGAUGUUCUGCUCCUGUCCCUGCCACACACGGACGUAAAUCCACACGAUCCCGCAAACAGCCUGAGGAGAAGGAUGAGGAGGUGGAGGCAGAAUUGGUAAAUGAGCAAAAGAUGGCAGAGGUGGUUGCACCUGUUCAGGAUGCUGUGGAGGAAAAAUUGGAGGAAGAAAAAGCAGUGGAUGAAGCAGAAGCUGAAACUGCACCGUUGGAAGAGGAGAGUGUUGCUGAACAAAAGGUGGUGGAGGGACAAACGACUCAGGAAGAGAGAACUGCUACUGUGGAAGAAAGGGUGGAAGACAAAAUACCCGAAAAAGAGGAAAAGGUUGAAGAGGACAAGAAAGCUGAAGCUGAAACUGCACCAGUAGAAGAGGAGAGUGUUGCAGAAGAAAAAGUGGAGGAAGAAGCAAAACCCACAGAGGAAGAAAAGGUGGAAAAAGCAACAACUGAGGAAGAGGAAAGAGUUGAGGAAGAUAAGAAAGAGGUGGAAGCAGAAGAGGAAGAAAUUGUUGAAAUGGGUGUAGAAACACUAGCAGAUGUAGGUGAAGAGGCAGAACAAGUGGAGGAGUCAACAGCAGUUGAAAGUGUUGCAGAUGAAGUGGCAUUAAAGCCAGUUGAGGAACCUGCUGAGGAAGAAGAGAAUAUCUCACCCCCUGAGGAAGAAGAGAAUAUCUCACCCCCUGAGGAAGAAGAGAAGACCUCACCCCCUGAGGAAGAAGAGACGACCUCACCCCCUGAGGAGGAAGAGGUAGAUGAGGAAGAACAAGCUCCAGUUGUAGAAGUAAGAGUUCUGAGGAGAGGACGAAAAAGUGUUUCAGUUUCUCCCCCAAAACGCAAGUUGAGAGGAAAAGGUAAACAGCCUGAGAAAGACGAGAAGCUGGAGGAGCCAGAGGAGGAAGAGGCAGCUGUGGAGGAAGAAGAGGCACCCAUAGUUGAAGCCAGAGUUCUCAGGAGAGGAAGGAGAUCUGCCCCUACAACUGCCCCUGCUACAUCUAGACGCAAAUCCACACGAGUCAGCAGGCAUCCUGAGGAAGAGGAGGAUGUGGAGGCAGUUGCUGAACCUGCACUAGAAGCGAUGGAGGAAAAGGUGGAGGAAGAAAAAGCUAUGGAGGAGGAAAAGGAAGCUGCAGCUGAAACAGCACCGGUGGAAGAGGAGAGUGUUGCAGAAGAAAAGGUGGAGGAAGUAAAAGCAGUGGAGGAGAAAGGAGAAAUUGUGGAGGACGAGAAGGAACUGCAGAUUGUGGUAAAAGAGAAGGUUCAAGAAGCUAAAGCUGCAGCUGAAACUGAACCAGUUGAACAGGAUAAGGUGGAAGAGGAAACAACUGAGGAAGAGGAGAAAGUUGAGGAAGAGAAGAAAGAGAUGAAUGCAGAAAAGGAAACAAUUGUUGAAAUGGCUGUAGAAAAACUAGCAGAGAUUGUUUUAGAGGCAGAAAAAGUGGAGGAGGUAACAGCAGUGGAAAGUGUUGCAGAUGAAGUGGUAGAAAAUCCAGUUGAGGAACCUGCUGAGGAAGAAGAGAAUACCUCACCCCCUGAGGAGGAAGAGAAGACCUCACCCCCUGAGGAAGAAGAGAAGACCUCACCCCCUGAGGAAGAAGAGAAGACCUCACCCCCUGAGGAAGAAGAGAAGACCUCACCCCCUGAGGAAGAAGAGAAGACCUCACCCCCUGAGGAAGAAGAGAAGACCUCACCCCCUGAGGAAGAAGAGAAGACCUCACUACCUGAGGUGGAAGAGGAGGCUCCAGUUGUAGAAACAAGAGUUCUGAGGAGAGGAAGAAAAAGUGUUCCAGUUUCUCCUCCAAAACUUAAGUCCACAAAAAGAGGCAAACAAGUCCAGGAAGAGGAAAGCAUGGAGGAGCCAGAGGAUGAAGAAGCACCAGUAGUGGAAACCAGAGUUACGAGGAAAGGAAGGAAAUCUGUCCUUGCUCCUGCCACACCUCGACGCAAAUCCAAACGAGCCCGCAUAGAACCUGAAGAAGAGAAAGAGGACAAUGAAGAGGAAAAGGUAGACGAUGCGGCUGCAACAGUGGAGAGUGUGGAUGAAGAAAAGUUGGAGGAAGCUGCGGCUGCAACAGUGAAGAGUAUGGAGGAAGACAAGUUGGAGGAAGUGAAUGAACUGGAGGCAGAAGUAAAGGUUGAAGAGGAAACAAAAGCUGUGGAAGAAGAAAAGGUGGAAGAAGCAACCACUGUGGAAGAAGAAAAGGUGGAAGAAGCAACCACUGAGGAAGAAGAAAAGGUGGAAGAAGCAACAACUGCGGGGGCUGUGGUAGAGGAGGCUGAACAAGUGGAGGAGGUGGCAACAGUGAUGAAAAGUGUUGCAGUCGAAAAGCCAGUUGAGGAAGAGAAGACCUCACGACCUGAGGAAGAAGCAGAGACUCCUGUUGUAGAAAUAAGGGUCCUAAGGCGAGGGGGAAAAAACACACCUGUUAAUCCUCCAAAACGUAGGUUCACACCAAGAGGCAAGCAAGCUGAGGAAAAUGAGGAGGAGGAAGAAGAAGUAGAAGAGGUGGCUGAACAUGUGCCGGAAGCUGUGGAGGAACAGGAGCAGGAGGAGAAGGUGGCUGAGCAUGUGCCGGAAGCUGUGGAGGAAAAUGAGGUGGCAGCUGAGGAAGAUGAGGCACCAUUAGUGGAAGCCAAUGUUCUGUGGAGAGGAAGGAGAUCUGCCCCUGCCACACCAAGACGCAAAUCCAAACGAGCCCGCAAAGAACCUGAAGAAGAGGAAAAUGAGGAAAAUGUAGAGGAGGAAAACACAUUGGAGGAGAAAAUGGUGGUUGAGGAGAAUAAGAUGGAGGAAGAAGAAAAGGUUGAAGAGCCAGCAGAGAGUGCUGCUUCAGAGACAAAAGAGGCAGAAGUCAUCGCACAGCAGCCAGAGGUGGUGGCAGAGCAAACAGAGCGGAAGGAAGAAGUAAAGAACACUGCUGAAACAGAAGAAGAAAAGGUAGCUGAUGAAGAAACAGAUAAAGCAGUAGAGAAGGAAGAAGGAGACACCACCAAUGUGGUAAAAAAUACUGACAAGGCAACAGUAACUUCUGCUACUCAAGAGGAAGUAGCUGGUAAAGCUUCAGAGGACGAGGAGGGAGAAACUCUGGCGGUGGAAGCGGAAGAGGCAGAGAAAACAGAAGAAACGACAGAGGAAGUAGAAGACAAAGUCCAGGACAAAGCUGUUGAGGAAGAGGGCACAACGACAACAACAAGCCAAGAGGAAGUGGUAGCAGAGAGCCUUGAGGAAGUUGUGGAAGUUCCUCCAGUUGUGGAAACUAGAGCAAUGAGGAGCAGGACAAAAACAGUUGCACCAGUCACACCCAAACGAAAGUCCUUACGAAGCAAGUCUUCUGUGGAUUAUAAGGAACAGGAUGCAGAGGAAGAGGAAACAGGAAAUGAACCCACAGUGGUAGAAGGGGAGGAUAAUGUAGUGGCAGAAGAGGCGAGCGUAGUAGAGGAGGAGAAAAAAGAAAAAGAGGAGGAAGGGGCCCCGAUGCCUGAGGUUGCUGUUGUCAUGGAGACGGAGAAGCAGCCUGUGGUAUCGAGAGUUCUGAGAGUGAGGUUAACUGCCACGCCCAUGGCCAAACCCACACCACAGCAGCGUACAUCCACAAAACGCAGCAAAAUAGUUACACCUGAGAAGGUCGAGCCUGAGGUGGGCAUGCUUUCAUCAGAUGAAGAGCAGGAAGAGAGCCCUGUGGAAAAGAGAAACCUCCGGAAGAGAAAAAGCAUGGAACCAACACCUGUUCGCAGAUCCAUGCGCCGCAGCAGAACUUAGACUGUGGAGAACGUUUUUUUGGUUCAGUUUUAAAAAAUGAAUCUAUUUAGUGAAGAUUUCAUAUUAGACCAGAUUGUUUUCUUCUAUCUAUUUGUAAGUUUCUAUAAAUAGAAAAAUAGAAAAAAAACAUACAUCACUUAACAUUUUUAUGUAAUUUUUCUGAAAGUCAAUAUGUAGUUUAUUUGAUAUCUUUUCAUAUUGUAUAUAUAUUUUGCAUUUAACCACAAGUCUGUGAACAGUUUUUUUGUUGACCUUAGUGGCUGGUAACACAAUGCGUUUCAGCCUUGGUUUGGACACAAUCGUCUAAAACAACAUUUAUUCCCUCAAAAUACUGCAUCCAUAAUCUGCUAAAACAACAUUUAUUCCCUCAAAAUACUACAUCCAUGAUUGGCUAUAACAACAUUUAUUCGCUCAAAAUAAUCCUAACUUCCGAAUGCCAAACGGUGUCUCCUCGAAUAAGAAUCAAGAAGCCUGUAAAUAAAUAUAUAUAUUUUUAAAAACAAAUGUAGUUACAUUGGGACACACCAGCACUAAUCGUCAUUAAGAAAAUAUUUAGGGCCACCAGGCUCCAUGCUCAAUCUGGAAUAUUUUAGAAAAUAUGAAAUAUUGAUAUCUACAAUAGUGCAGAUACAUAUGAAAACAUAAAAAUAAAAACGGCAAUCGAAAGGACAUUGCUCAGACAUGCACAAAAACAAUACAACAGCUCCCCUUUGUUAUAAGAUUAUUCAUCAUUUUUUAAGCAAGUUGUUUAUUUACAUUUUUUCUACACGUCAGUGACAUUUCUUGUGGAAAUUUGGAAUGCUUACAUUUUUACCCAUUAUACAAAUGAUUUCAACAGAACUCAGGAUAUAAAAUCACAUUUUAUUCGACACAAUUCUUCAUUUGAAAUAUCUAAUGUCAACACUUUGUGUCAUUGUGUUACAUUUUGUGUGUAUUGAAACAUUUGGUACACUUUGAACAUAUUUAGUGUAAAAAAACUACUAAAUACACACUAAAAUGUUACCUCACUGAGCCGACGAGGUAUACCAUUUCAGUUUGUAAUUUGAAAAGGAUGUUGUUCCUGUAUUAACCUUUUACCCACGACAACAUUCCUCUGAAAAGGCAGCGCACGAAAUUCAAAAAUAUAUAUUUUUAAAUAUGUAACUUUCACACAAUAAGUCCAAUAUAGCAAAUUAAAGAUAAACAUCUUGUUAAUCUACCCAUGGUGUCUGAUUUCAAAAAUGAUUUACAGCGAAAUCACAACAUAUGAUUAUGUUAGCUCAUAGCCUAGUCAAAAAAACACAGCCAUUUUUCCAGCCAAAGAUAGGAGUCACAAAAAGCAGAAAUAUAGAUAAAAUCAAUCACUAACCUUUGAUGCUCUUCAUCAGAUGACACUCAUAGGACAUCAUGUUACACAAUACAUGUAUGUUUUGUUCGAUAAUGUGCAUAUUUAUAUCCAAAAAUCUCAGUUUACAUUGGCGCCUUACGUGCAGUAAUGUCUUGAUUCCAAAUACUCAUAAUAAACAUAGAUAAAAGAUGCAAGUGUUAGUCACAUAAUUAAAGAUAGACUUAUCCUCUAUGCAACCGCUGUGUCAGAUUAAAAAAAAAACUUUACGGAAAAAGCAUAAUCUGAGAACGGCGCUCAGAGCCCAAUCCAGCCAAAGAAAUAGCCGCCAUUUUGGCGUCAACAGAAGCUAGAAAAAACACUAAAUAUUCACUUACCUUUGAUCUUCAUCAGAAGGCACUCCCAGGAAUCCCAGUUCAACAAUAAAUUACUGAUUUGUUCCAUAAAGCCCAUAAUUUAGCCACUUGUUAGUGUGUUCAGCCCAGUUAUCCAUCUUCAUGAAGCGUGAGUACUUCCUCCAGACAAAAACUCAAAGUUCCGUUACAGUCCAUAGAAACAAGUCAAAUGAUGUAUGCAAUCAAUCUUUAGGAUGUUUUUAACAUAAAUCAUCAAUAAGGUUCCAACUGGAAAAUUUCAUUGUCUGAAGAAAAGCAUUGGAACGAGAGCAAACUCUGUCGGGAGUGAACGUCAUGAGACCGAGGCUCUCUGACAGACCACUCCUUUAUAGUAGAAUCCUCAAACCUGUUUCUAAAGACGGUGACAUCUAGUGGAAGCCCUAGGAAGUGCAACCUCACCCAUAUCACAAUGUGAUUUCUAUAGGCACUGUUUUGAAAAUCGAUUUCUCACUUCCUGUUUGGAUUUGUUCUCAGGUUUUUGCCUGCCAUAUGAGUUCUGUUAUACUCACAGACAUCAUUCAAGCAGUUUUAGAAACUUUAGAGUGUUUCCUAUCCAAUACUACUAAUAAUAUGCAUAUAUUAGCAUAUGGGACUGAGUAGGAGGCAGUUCAGUUUGGGCACGCUAUUCAUCCAAAAGUGAAAAUGCUGCCCCCUAUUCCAAAAAGGAUUUAACGCAAUAAAAUUUUAUAUACCAAUUACAUGUAUGUAUAUCCUCACAUCUUGUAUGUUAACAUUUAUCAUUAAAGUUUUGAAAUACAGUAAGAAAAAAUGUAAUAACAGUAAAAAUAUGGUCAUACAGAAGAGUUUGUAAAAUAAAGUUUUGAAAGUUUCAACUAAAGUUUAUAAUAAAAUCUAUAAACUGAGCUAUGAUGUUAAACUGUGAGAGAUGUGAAAUUAGAUAGAAACUAUGAGUUUUCGUUUGUGUGUGUUAAUAUGAUAUAUCUUGUUUCAGACUUUCAACGCUUUUGUUAUGUGUCUCAGUGCCCCGCAAAGGCACAAGCCAGCUAUAGCCAGCAGUAGCCUGUCUUGCUCACAAACAUUUUCAUUUAGCAAUGCUGUAUUUUAUGACAAACCUCUCCUUGCAUUAUGUGGAAUGGACUUAUGUUACUUCUCCUCUGACAAUGUGAUUUGUUAUGAUCUUUGGUAGAAAAUAAAGAUUUUCAGUGUUUGA